AUGACAGCGCAAGAGGAUAGUGCCAGUGCCAGUGACACUCCUCCCUCCCCCGUCGUCGACAAGGAAGUCUCUGCCCAUGUCGAACAAAUCCAUACCAAUGAAAGAAUUCCCGGUCAUCCUGGUUAUUAUGAGAAAGAUGGUCUGCGGACAUAUGGCGACGACGAAGAUCAUGACCAUGAGCCUCCUAUGACUGUCACAAGAGCUUUGAGCUUGGUCGCUAUGGCGUUUUUGUGGACUGGCUCCCAAAUUCCCGUUUAUAUCCUCGGAGGUAUACCGCCCUACAUUUACGGCGACAUUGGUGGUGUUGAUCGCUGGGUUUGGUUCGUCCUGGCCUACCUGGUCGCCCUGGCCGCCAUCUGCCCGUUUGUUGGUUCCAUUUCCGAUCUCAUUGGUAGACGAUGGGUCGCUUUGGGAGGCUCUACCCUGCUCAUCAUUGCCAUGAUCAUCUGUGGCACAGCGCACAGCAUGAACGUCUUUAUUGUCGGUAUGACGUUCUCGGGAGUGGGCGCCGGUAUUUGCGAGUUGACAUCCUUGGCUGUCACUGCCGAACUCGCUCCAACCCGCAAGCGAGGAAAAUACGUCUCCAUCCUUGUCUUCACCAUCAUUCCCUUCUGCCCAUCGGUCCUAUGGGCUCAAUUGAUUGCCAACCACGCUGGAUGGCGAUACUGCACACUUCUCUGUGGACUGUGGGCCUGCGUUGGGUUUGUCGGGACCGUCUUCUUCUACUUCCCUCCGCCACGGCCUAAUUCCCGCGGCCUGAGCAAGAAGGAAAUCAUUGCCGAGAUUGACUUUAUGGGUGGUUUCCUGUCCAUCUCGGGCAUGAUUGUCUUCUUGGCCGGUUUGCAAUGGGGCGGUUACCAAUAUCCGUGGCGUUCGGCUCACGUGUUGGCCCCUCUGAUUAUCGGCGCCAUUCUCCUCUUCAUCUUAUUCCCUCUCUGGGAAAUCAAAUUCGCCCAAUUCCCUAUGUUCCCAUCACGAAUGAAGAAGGAAGCCAGAAUUCUCACUCUGACCUUGAUCAUCACCGCCAUCUCUGGCGCCAAUUUCUUCUCCGUCAUCAUGUUCUGGCCUACUCAAGCUUUCAACGUUUACGGCCACGAUCCGGUCGACGUUGGUAUUCGAGGUAUUCCAAUCGGUUUCAGCAUUCUCACCGGCGCGUGUGUCGUCCUAUGGCUUCUAUCGGUCUUCCGCGGUCAUAAUCGUGAGCUGAUGAUCCUUUCCUCGGUUCUUAUGACGGCGGGAUGCGGUGCUCUCGCCGUUGCCGACCGAUAUAAUCUCUCUACGUUGUGGGGUCUUCUUGUCCUCGCGGGCCUCGGAAUUGGCGGAAUUGUUGUCCCUGCCUCCAUUAUGACCACCAUUAUCUGUCCCGACGAUAUUAUUGCUACAGUCGCCGCACUCACCCUAUCCAUUCGUGUCAUCGGCGGUUGCAUCGGCUAUACCGUCUACUACAACGUGUUUGUCAACAAAUUCGUCCCAAAUUCCACGAAAUACAUUGGGGGUGUCAUGGCUACCGAACUGGGCAUUACCAACGUCACUUACAUCACGGAGGCCAUCGAAUAUACUGCCGCCAGCUUGCUUCCAGCUCUCAAAACCAUUCCUGGUAUCGCUGGCAAUGAGACUGCUUACGAGAUGGUGGUGCUUGCUGGUCAAAUUGCCUAUGCCGAAAGUUAUAAAUAUGUGUAUUUGACCAGCAUUGCUUUUGGUGUAAUCAGUAUCUUGGCCAGUAUCUUCUUAGGCAACAUCAACAAAUAUAUGGAUGACCACGUUGCCGUGGUUAUGCACUAG